UCCUGCUCCGCUUCCAUACGAGACACCUCUGUUAUUUGAUCCCAUGUCUUCUAUGCGAGAGGGUGUCGCCUUAACUUUUUUUUCAAGUGGAUUUUGUGAAGUGUUUUGUGCGUGAAAGUUUAAUUAAGUUUCACAGAAGUUUCAAACACGUACCGACUGCACUGAAAAGGCGGUGUAAUGAAAUCGACAAAUAUGGAGGCGUGUUCAGACAGACUGAGCCCGUCUAGUGACUCCACCAGCGAAUCUGAAACAUCUCUACCACCGUUCCCAUACGAUAAUCAAAACGCUAACUUCUACAAUCAAACUGAAAUCAAUGAAAAACAAUAUUUCUCUUGCAAACAAAAGUCGCCAAGAUCUGACGACCGAACGAAAGAGGCCUACUUACAAGAAAGCAAUAAAAUAUCCUUCGAAAACUAUCUGUCGCCGCAGAGAAACAAAAAAUAUUUGAAUUUCGAACUCAAACUGUCGCAGAACGACAACUUUUUCAAUCAAAUAGAUGACAGGGGCGCGUACUUCGACGUGCCCGUUAAAAAUUGCGUUCAAAAUGAGAACAAUCCGAAUUUGGGCGACGUGAAAAUUGCUAACCAGCCAGUAUUUGAAAAUAUGAAUGAUAGAGACCGGGUUACACAAUCGUAUUUUAGUGAGAAUGACAACGGUAAUAUGAGGAGAUGUUUGAACUUCAAUUCUGAGCAAGUGCAGUGUGUAUGCGAGGCGUUACAGCAAAAAGGCGAUAUAGAGAAAUUGGCCGCGUUUUUAUGGAGCCUGCCGACCAGCGAACUGUUGCGGGGAAACGAAACUGUUUUGAGGGCUCGCGCACUGGUCGCGUACCAUAGAGGCGUGUUUCAAGAGUUGUACGCCAUUUUGGAAGCGCACACUUUCCCGCCAAGACACCACAAUGCUCUUCAAGAUCUGUGGUUCAAGGCGCAUUAUGAUGAAGCAGAGAAAGUACGGGGAAGGCCAUUAGGAGCCGUAGACAAAUACCGACUGAGGAAAAAGUAUCCGCUGCCAAAGACAAUAUGGGAUGGAGAAGAAACUGUCUACUGUUUCAAAGAGAAAAGCAGAAAUGCUUUGAAAGAUUGUUAUUAUAGAAACAGAUAUCCUACUCCGGAUGAGAAGCGGGCUCUGGCCAAGAAGACGGGGCUGACGCUCACCCAGGUCUCCAACUGGUUCAAGAACAGGAGACAGAGGGAUCGUACGCCUCAGCAGCCAAAUAGAUCUGAGAUGCUGGUUCCCGCGCAAUAUGCGGGUCCUCAAAAUGGGCUGGCACAGGCGUUGCUUCCUAAUGCCUAUUACCACCAGCUGCAGGAUCCUACGCACUAUCUUCAUAGCAAUGCGCCCUAAGUGUUGCCAUUUUUGAAGUUUUAAAAUUAUUUUAGCCAUAUUGCGUUGUGAUUUUCUUGUACCUAUUGUUAAAAUAUUUUAUUGUACUCCCACCAUUGUUAUUUUUAUAAGUAUUUUAUUUUAUUUUGUGGGAAUAGAAGUUCCUUAUUUUCGUAUGUCUUUUAUAAUUCUCAGCUACGUAAUAUAAAAUAUCUAUUGAAAUUUAAUAGGUACCUAGUUAGAAUAAGCAAAUAUGU